UUACACUUUACACCAUUGCGGUGUUGUUGCGCGACGUUGUGAAGGCGCCGAAGGCGGUUUUCAAGCGUAGUACAACAAAGUGGAAAGUAUAAUUGUUAAAGAAUAUCCUUAACAAAUUGUGACAAAUAAGGAUUAUCAAGAUUAAAAAAACGGUUUAUAACGCUAUUUAGCCGCAAUGUCGAUCGGAGUUCCCAUUAAAGUGCUUCACGAGGCCGAAGGUCACACCAUAACCUGCGAAACGAACACCGGCGAAGUUUAUCGCGGUAAAUUGAUAGAGGCGGAGGACAAUAUGAAUUGCCAGAUGCAAAAUAUCACAGUGACGCACCGGGACGGCCGAGUAGCACAGCUCGAGAACGUGUAUAUUCGCGGCUCGAAAAUCAGGUUCCUCAUAUUACCGGAUAUGCUGAAGAACGCACCUAUGUUCAAGCGACCGGGCGGCAAGGGAUCGGGCACAGCCGGCAGAGGGAAGUCUGCGAUUUUGCGAGCCCAAGCUCGUGGUAGAGGAAGAGGACAGAAUCAAAGAGGCAAAGGUACUGGUUCGGCACCUUGGUUAAAUCAACAAAAUCAACCAGGUGGAUCUCAAGCUGGAAGAGGCAGGGGUUAAAUUUCGUGAUAAUAGAUUUUGAUUAUUUAAAUGCAAGUGUAAUGUAACUUUAUUCCCGUAUUUUUAUAUCAUUUCUAAACAAUAUAUUUCUGCAUUCAAAAUUGUAAUUUACAUUUACAUGUAUAUGAUUAAUAAUAAAUUACUUAUGUACUAUA